AGUUGGCUGUGAUAUAUAAAGACAUCUGUAGUAGCAGAUGAGAGACAGGGUGGAUAUCAGCACCCUGUGAGCCGAGGAGGAUUUCAAUUGAUAAAAGUGGUCGUUAAACUCCGUGAUGUGGGCAAAAAAGCUGGGGAAAGAGUUGGGCAACCCCACACGAUCAGUGGCAGGCUGGUUGGUCAGCAAACUGCUUACAGUUCGUAACCAGGUCCUGGAGGAGAAUGCUGUGCAGCUGUGUGGUAUCCAGCCAGGGAACACGGUACUGGAGCUGGGUCAUGGCCCCGGUCUAGGUCUGCAGACAGCAGCCACGCUGCUCACCGAGCCCACAGGCCACCUCAUCGGGGUGGAUUACUCCCAAUACAUGCAUGAGAUGGCUAAAGAACGAAUGAAGGAAUUAAUAUCUAGUGGCAAAGUCACCCUACACCACUGUGAUGUAGCGGCGAUGCCUCUGGCCGACAGCACCGUGGAUAAAGUCUUUCAUUGUAACUGUUACUACUUCUGGCCUGACCUAAACCAGGGAGCCACAGAAAUUCACCGCGUCAUGAGAUCAGGAGGCUUGAUGGUGACCACCCUAAGGCUUUCUCAUGUGGCUACUAUGGCUGCGAAGCGAGUGAUGCCAGGAGACAACUGGCGCCCAGAGGUUUAUAUGACGGCUUUGGAAGACUCUGGCUUCACAGAUAUCAGAAUGGAAGAUAAACAACACAAGAAUAUAACUUUUCAGGCUAUUUUUGCCACUGCCUUGAAGUGACAUUGUGUUUAUUCUGUCUUACUUCUGUGAUUGAAAGAUUUAAUAUGACAUGCCUUUUGAACAUGGACAAAUUGAUUUAUUAAAAAAGCCAAUGAUCAGAGCCUUUUUUAUUUCUUCCAAUGAUAUCUGAAGGUUGUUCACUCCCACUUUACACAAGUAGACACUUGCUUGAAUAUUUCUUUGGCACAAAUCCAGU